UACUACACAUAUGCAAUACAUACAAACAAGUAUAUAUAUUAAUACACACAUGGAAUAGUAGAUAUACAAACACAUAUCUCCCAAACUAACUGAUGACAUCCAAUUAUUUAAGUGAUCGGUCUUUACUACGCCUACACCAUUUGGUACAAUCUCUUUUGUAAAUGUUUUUUUUCUGUACAUGUAUGUUUGUUGGUAUGUGUGCAUGUGAGUAGUGUAUGUGAAUGUAAUGACGAUUAAACAAGUUUAUUUCACACUUUUCGGCAUGAAUAAACUGGCCGAAUUCCACAUGUGACCAUACCUGAGAUACACACUCGGGUUUAUUAAUUAUAUUGUCAUACAAGUAAACAAAAAAGACAAAAAUUCUUGGAAUUUGAUUGAUUUCUUCUUGUUUUUUUUUUCAAAAAACCAUAGUUGGGGUCUACGAGAGAAUAGUAAGGGAAAAAAUUAAGUAGAAACAAACAAACAAACAAACAAACAAACAAACAUGAAACAACAAUCACAAAAACAGCAACAUUCCAAUGUUUCUGCAACUCAGGAUAAUGUUAUUUCAUCUAAUGUCAAUAAAUAUACUUAUUCAAUUAAUAAUAAGGGACAAGAGAAGAAAAUUAUUGCAUGUCGACAUAAAUCAAAUAUGAAUCAACUAAGAACGAAUGAAAAAUCUGAUCACAAAUUAUUAACCAAUCAAAAAAUAACUGGAAUAGAGAAUACUAUUCAUGUUGUAUCUGAUUCAUAUCAAUGUCAACAAUCAUCUUUAUCUCCACUCCCUAGUCAAAAUAAUAACUCAAAUCGUUAUGAUUUAAUGAAUAGAAAACAACAAAUGAAACAUAAGGAUUUGUUAUCACGUUCAUUAAAAUUACCAACAUCUAAUGAACAUGAAUGUAAGUUAAAACAAUAUGGAUUAAAUACGGAUAAUAGUCAUCGUGAAAUAAUUCAAGGAAGUUAUACAACAUUAUCUGGACCGAUUACAACUAAUAAUAUUACAAUGACAACAAUUAAUACUAGUACUAGUAUACCGACUAGUUCAGAAAUUCAUGAAUCUAAAUUUUAUAAUCAACCUGAAAAUAUUGAAAAUAUGAAUGCAUUUGGACGUGUUAUUGUUGAAAUCAUCAAAGAAGAAAAGUUUAAUUUAGGGUUAACUGUUUCUGAUGGUUCUAAUCAGGGUGAAGCUCCAGUUAUUUUAAAUAUUCGUCCUGGAAGUAUUGCAGACAGAAAUGAUUGUUUCCUACCAUAUGAUCAUAUUUUAUCAAUGAAUUUCAUGAACAUAUCAAGUGAAAACUCUACUUCAAAUAAACAUUUGCGAUCUAAAAUUCAAAUGGAAAUUGGAUAUGAAUUACCAGCAUUACCUCCUGUUGGUUGUACUGUUAAACACAUGGUUGUCAAUUUGAAAAUUAGUUCUGAUGGUGUUGGUUUAGUUGUUCGUGGUGGAUGGAAUAAAUCACCAUUACUUAUUCGACCAUUAACUGUUAUGCAUAUACGACAAAAUAGUGCUGCUGACUGUGACGGACGAAUAAAACCUGGGGAUCGUAUACUCACAAUUAAUAGUAUACACACAGGACAAUUAACUUGUGAAGAAGCAAUGAAAUUAAUACAGUCUAUUAGAAAUUGCUUAACACUAACUAUAGAGUACAAUGUAGCUAAUUUCGAAGAAGAUCGUCGCAUAUCUGGUGCAGUUGUAGUUGAAAUUGAAAAACCAGCCAAUGAAGAUUUAGGAGUUAGUUUAGCACCAUGUCAUGAAGUGAAAACUGGUCAAAAUGCAUUUUUCAUUGAUAAUAUCAGACAAGGAAGUAUAGCCGAUAGAUGUGGAGCUUUAUUUGAAGGUGAUCGAGUUGAAUCCAUUGAUGAUAUAUGCGUAGAAAAUAUUAAACUUCAAGAAGCAAUGUACAGAUUAAAAAAUAAUGGUUUAAAUGUAAUACGAUUACAAAUCGUACCAAAUGCUAUAAUGAAUUCAGAUAAAUCAAUGCAGAAUAAUUCAGAAUGUUUAAAAUCCAUGAGAUCUUUAAGAUCAGCAACUCCAUUGAGUAGUACACCAACAGCAGCUUGUCGAUGUGAAGAAGUUGAAGUGCUACUUGAGCCAUAUGAAUAUAUAGGCUAUGGAUUUACAUUGAUUGCUCCAAUAUCAAAUCAGUUUUCUUUAGAACUGACCAGUUUUCCCUUGAUCGAUCAAGUGGAUCCACGUGGACCAGCAUUUAAAUCUGGUGUUAUUCAAGAAGGUGAUAGAGUAAUAUGUAUUAAUGGUCAAUCUACAUUAAAUAGAACUAUUGAUGAAUUAAUUCAAAGAUACUUAGAACCAACUGAUUUUGAAAAGAAAUACUUUCGUGUUCAAUCAUUAACACUUUUGAUACAGUAUACUGUAGCAGAUUCAGUGGUUCCUGCAACGGGCAUUUUUGAUGUCAAAUUAAUAAGAAGAUCGGUUAGUUUAGGUAUUAAUCUUCAAGCGUCAAUCAAUAAAACAUCUGGACAACCUUUAUUAAUUAGUAAAGUGAUUCCUGGUAGUGUUGCAAGUCGUAGUGGUUCUAUCAAUCCAGGUGAUAUACUAUUAGCUGUGAAUGGUAUUCAUCUUUCAUCAUGUAGUCUUUCUGAGGCGAUACAACUUUUACAAUCACCAGAUGAUGAUAUAAUAAUAUUGAGAAUACAAAAAAUGGAUACUUAUUCAUCAAAAACAGAAUUAGAAAUAAAAUAUGGUUCUGAUAGUUCGGUUGUACAUGAUUAUCUCUACGACAGACAACAACAGCAACAACAAAUCCAACAUCAACAUCAAAGAAAACAGUUAUAUCGAAAAAGUUUUGAUGAAAAUUUAAUGAAUAAGUGUUUAAAACCAGAAACACAGUCUAGAACACCUCAAAAUGAAGAUACUAACAGUAGAGAUAAUUCAAAUGAGGAUACAAAGAAAUUAUCAGACAAUAAUACUUCAUCUGCAUCAUCAUUUUCUCAUAAUCAAUCAGCACGCAAAUCCUAUCAACAUCAUCACCAUCAUCAUCAACCACAACAGCAUUCUCUUGUAGUACAACAGUGUCCAAUUGAAAAAUUAUUUCCCAGUGAUCUAGGAGAUUCUGAGAAAUUAUAUAGAUAUCCAACUGGUACCAGUAAUAGUCCAACAGUGCAAGAUCAUACACACCGAUUUCAUCAAUUUCAAAAUGUCAAGAGUCAAAGAACCAACCAAGAUGAACUAAAUCAAAAUCAGUUCGAUAAUCAGCCUAAACAAUUCAUGAAUUCUAAAUCAGAUUAUUUAUUGGAACCUGAUAUAAAUGUUGUUCAAGUAAUAUUACGACGUAAAUCAUCUAAUUGUCCAUGGGGUAUUACUAUUUGUGGAACAGAUGAUGCACCAGAUAUACCAGUAUUAAUUGAUUCAUUAAAUCCUGGUGAUCCUGGAGCUGAAUGUGGUUUAAUACAUCCUGGUGAUAGAAUAUUAGCUAUAAAUGGUAUUACAUUACAUAAUGGUCAUACAUUAACACAAGCAAUGCGUAUGUUACAACAUUAUCCAGAUAAAGUUAUAUUACAUAUUGCACGUAAAUCGAAUUCAUUUAUUACAACUUCUAUUGCUAGCACUACUACAACAUCUAUUAGUAUUGGUACAAUGCAUAAUAAUACAAUUAAUGGACAGAAACAACCCAUAAAUCAUUUUCCUUUAUCUAGAAAAUGUACACUUGUAAAGGCUGUAGCUACAAGCAAUUUCAGUAGAUCCUUUGAUUCAAUAUCAAAUAGUCUCAGUUCAAAUUCUGUAUCGAAUAGUAAUAUUGUUGAGGGACAACUUUUAACUGGACUUACACCACAGAAUAAUGAUAAUAAUAAUAAGUAUAACAAUAAUAUACGACUACAGAAUCAUAGUGAUGAUUCAAAAAUAUCUGUACAAAAGUCUAAAACGUUAUAUGAUCCUAACCAAUGUGCACAAGUUACGGAUACGUCAUGGGCAAUUUCAAGCAGUUAUCCAGAUAGAAGUGUUGUUAGUGAAUCAAAUACACUGAAUCGUUCAGUUCCAAAAUCCUCUACAACUAUUUUGAGUUCAGGACCUGGAGCUAUGUAUAUUCAUCAAGGAAUAUCACCUAAAAAUACGCCUAGUGAGAAUUUAAAUUUAAAAGUACCAUCAAAUAAAUCUCGUACAAAAACAAUAAAAUCUCGUCAUCGUUGUUCAUCAUCUUCUUCAAAACGUCGAACACAUUUACCAUCUACUGAUGAGCAUCAAAUUAAUGAAUUAGAAAAAUCAAAAUAUUCACAAUUAUUUAUUCAACAAUAUUCAGAUACUACAACAAGUGAAUUAAAUGAUGAUGAAAAUAUUCAAGAACAACCAAAUAAUUCUAAUCAUCCAUUUAUACAUCAACAUCAUCAACUAUCAUAUAAUUAUUUGGAUCAUCCAUAUAUACAAUCGAAUAAAGAUUAUUUACAAAUGGAUUUAAAUUUUAUUCAAUGUUCAGGUUGUCGUAAAGCAGUUGAAAAAGAAAUUAAAUAUUAUUUAUUAAAACAACAAAAAUCUUUUGAAACUACACGACGAGCUUCAUCAUCAAAUAGAAAAGAUUCAACAAGAUCUACUUCUGAAGCAUUCCUGGCAUCAAAUUAUUUUGAACCAGAAUUCAAUAGUAUGCAAUUACAUCGACAAUAUCCACAAAAUGUAUUAUUAGAUGAUAAAAACCGAUCAAUUUGGUAUUUAAGUAAAGAUGAAGAUUCAUUACCUACUAAUACAUUAUAUGAAUCAUCUAAUUCACGUUAUCAUCAACAAGAAAAUUUAAAACAAACAAAAGAAAAUCAACAAAUGAAUAAAGAUAAAAUGACAACUUCACAGUUACUAACUGAUCAACAUUCAAAAUCUGAUAGUCGUUUAGAUUUAAUUCGAUCGAUUGGUUUAAGUAAUGAUAGUUCUGAUAUUGAUAAAAGGAAUAGUUUAAGUGUAACUGAAUCGAUAGUAAAAUCAAAUGAAUUAUCGUCUCAAAUGUAUAAACCUCAAAAAAUUCACAAUUAUCAGUCAUCUAUUGUAAAUCCGAUUGAACAUAAAUCUAUUUCACGUAUUAAAUCAAACACAUUAGGAUCACCUAUGAAUAUUAAAACAAUCAAUUCACAUUUAUAUGAUAAUAUACAAAGAUCACAUAAUAAAAAGACUAAAUCUAAAAAAGUAUCCACAUCUAAACAUAAUAAACAUGAACAACAAUUUACUGAAUUAAAUACUUGGUGUACAUGGAUUCGUUUAAAAAAGACAUCAACAACGGAUUCUUAUGGAAUAGGUGUAUCUGAAGGUUUAUCUACUAUGGGUAUAUUUGUUAGUGCAAUUCGUCCUAAUUCACCAGCUGAUUUAUCUGGUAAACUAUAUCUAUAUGAUCGUAUUUUAAUGGUCAACGAUACACCAGUAGAUAAUUUAACCUGUAGUGAAGUGGUAAAUCUUAUUAGUCGUUCAGAAAAACGAUUAGAUUUACUAGUACAACGUCGUAUCACAAAACAUACACAACGAAGUAAACAUUCAAAUCAGAAUGAUUCAAAUGAUCUACCAAAUAACUCUUUAUUUACUGGAUUGCCAGGAGGGGUUAAAUUAGGUGUGACAUGCACACCUACAAUGGAUAAUGAACAUAUUAACAUUACAGCUCUUUAAAUAUAUAUAUAGUACAAUGUAUCAUUCCUCCUUCUGAUAUAUUCGAAAAUCUUCCUAAGCAAUUUCACUUAUUUAAGAUAUAUGAGGUAACUAUGACUGAAGAAAGUUUAACCCGAUGUAAUUGUAUUUUAUUCUUAUAAUUGUAUGUAUAUACUACUACUAUACUACUAAAUACUUGUUACUGUUAUGAUUUCUGUGAAACAUCUUGUGAUUGGUUUUUCUGAAUAUCACGAUUUCUGCUUACAAUUCAAAUUUAUUUCAUUUAGAUGAAAUAUUUCAAUUCAAUGUAACUUCAACUUUGAAACGAAUCAUAAUUUGUUUAAUGUUUUCUUUUUUGUUUUUGUUUUUAGACUUAUAAUUUACGUUCAAAGAGUAUGGUGAUAACUUUGUUUGUUUUAUUUUUAAAUUAGAAAUUCCUGUAUCUUCAUUUAUUUUUCAUUGUUAUUGAAUUAGUAAAUUAUCUAUCUAUUCAUUAGAAAGUUGAAACAUUAAACACAAAUGCUUGUUGUACAAAAAUCAUCAAUUAGAUUUCUUUUAAUCUGUUGUAUUACAUUAAUUUACUUAAAUACAUUUACGUCGAGUAAAAGAUAGAUCAUUUAUGCAUAUAUAUAAAAGAAUACUUCAUGCAGAAUAAACAAUAAAAAAACUGGUCAUCUAACUUAUCCAAAAGCUUAGAUAUUUAGAAAUAACUCAUUGUUCUUUUUUCAUUCUUUAUGUUUUCUGCGAGUGUUUCCGUUUUCCUUUUCCUUUUUUUUCAUUUUGUCUCUGUCAAUAAUACACUUUGUCAUUUGUUUUUAUUCAUUUCUGAGUUUGAAACCCAGUGAUCCCUUUUUUUUAAGUGAUUAGCUAUGCCUUAUCAACAAUUAGCAAUUUUUUUUCUUAGAAAGUAUGUUUAUAGUCGUUCUUCUCAUUACCCUCUAUACAUUAUUGUAUAGUAUUGACAUAUUUACAAUAACGAAAGUUCAAACGUAGUUUUUAGUGAGUAGCAAGUUUUUCUUGUCAUUUAUGUGAUUAAUGUUAAUGUUGUGAACAAUUGAUCCGAAUAUAGGAAGCGUAAUGUUUUACGCAUAUGUGUAAUUGUUUUCUAUUAUAUGGGCUUUCUUAAUUAGGAAACAGAUUUCCAUUUAGAGUUUCGGUUCUUUACACUGUCCAUAUUUAUAACCUGAGAGGAUUACUAAGAUAUCAUCAUACAGUCACAAUUUUUUAUUCAGUUGGGAAGUGACUAGAAGUAGAAUCUGAAAUGCACGUUUCUUCCUAUUUUCGACUGGUCAGCUGGACGGAACCGAAUUCAAAGUUUGAUGUUCACACUGUGGCUUGUAAUCAAGGUAUUUUGUUCCAAACUUAUAAACCGUUAUUCAUUGAGCCACCCGGGUUUAGAUAGUGCGUCGAACAUCGGAAGCAAAAUAUACUUGGUUCCUGUCCAGGUGUACACAUGAAAACUGGAAUUCUGUUAUUUUCACUGAAUGAGUCCUAAAUAAGACAAAACGCUAGUUCUGGAUCCCACUGCUAGCGACUACUCAACUUUACUAAUAUAUAAAUUGCUUAAGGCUGAAAAAUAAUAACGACUGAAUUUUGCUAACAUAUAAAGGAGAUGUUAAGUCAAAAUAAUAUUAAAAAUACUAGGUUGCAUGGUUGAUAUAUAUUCGGCUCGGA